CGUCAUUUUAAGUUAGGCGAAAAUCGGUCAGGGUGGUAUUAUUAGCAGUCGCAUUAAAAUAUCGAAAAAUACCAAAAAUAAAGGGGUUUGGACUAAAAUUUGUAAUAAAUAUUGAAAGGAUUAUAAAAACUGUACAGUUAAAUUAAUUAUUUUAUCUAAAAAGUGAUAAUUUUCUUGAGAUAAUUUACUUGCGAAUUUUUGCACGGAUUCGUGGCAAAAAGUUUAUUUGCGAAUAAGACGAAAGAAAAAAAACGGGAAAUCAAAGCGAAAAAGCAGUGGCAAAAAGUUUUUGUGGCAAAGUGCGUACAUUUUGAGAACUGGGGGAAAGGUACGUCAAAGUGAAAUUGCGUUUUAGGAAAAGACCAUAAACAAAACACAAGAGCUAUAGUAUUACAAAAAAAGACUAUUAAUAUUUUAAGGUUUUAUUAACAUUGAUAAGAGGGAAUUGUGUAUGGUGCCAUUAAAUACUGAUAUUCUAAGCAAAAAAAGAAAAAAAUUUAAAAAGAAACGUGCAAUGGCAGAAAAUUGGCGUGGAAAAGCCGUGUCGAUUGAAUGUGAUAAUGAGCUCGGCGUAUUUCAGGGGGUUAUUAAGACCACUACGGAAAAUAGUAUAACAAUCGGUAAAGCAUUUCGUAACGGCAUACCUUUAAAAAUACAAAAUGCGGAAAUUACUUUAAGUUGCAGUGAUAUAAGAAAAAUUAGCGUAAUACCAGUUGAUGGUCAAUACACUACAACGCCAACUGUGAUUAAUAAACCGAACCCGCUUAGGAAACCAAAUUAUUCAAAUCCAGUAUGGAACUCUACAGGUUUGCCAUCCUCACAGGCUGUGCCGCCGUUUAAUAAUAAUCAAACAAACUCAAACCAAAAGCAGCAACGCACGUAUACGUCCAAAGGAGAAAACUCAAACUUUGUUCAAAGGUUCAAUAAAUUGGACGUAUCCAAUAGAACGCCAAAUAAAAAUGUUUCUAAUGAUCUCCCGACGGCUAAUGGCACAAAUGAUAAGCCUAGUGAAACUAAUUAUCAAUCGUCCCAAACACCUACAUCCAACAGUGUCGCACAAUUUUUUGGGAAACUAAUUCCUCCUAAGGUGGAAGUGCUAAUGGGUGCUGCCAGUGUAACAACAACUACAACAACGACGACUGACGUAGAUGCAAACAGUACCGAAAUUAAUGAUAGCAUCGCAAGUACUAACAGUAGCAGACCAAUUGAUAUUCCUAAUUCAAGUAAUGGUUCUUAUUAUGGACAAUCGCAAAGUAUGGCCAGCUCUUCUACGAACAGUAAUGGCAAAAAUCGCUAUAUGGGAUAUAGCAAUGGGUAUGGAAAUGGGAAUGGCAGUAACGGGAACAAAAAAAAUAACCGUAAGAAUUUUGGUAAAAAUAAUUGGUUUAAGAAGAGACAGACUUUUGAUACAUCUGCGGAUGAUCCAGGAAUGCAUGAAGAAUUUGAUUUUGAGGGUAAUUUAGCGCUAUUUGAUAAGGAAGCAUUAUGGAAUGAUAUUGAAUCAUCAGAACAAAAAGCACUAGCAAGGCAAAUGGAAAACAAUCCGGAACCAAAAUAUCGUCAUGAUGAAAAUAUAAUUGAGAGUAAACCACUAGAAUUGCGCCAGAUUCAAAGCUCCUUUGCCAGCUAUAGUGAAUACUUAACGGAUGACGGUCUUAUCAUUCCCACCAUACCAAUGUAUGUUCGGACGAAAAUAGAAAAUAUUUCAGAAAAAAGUGGCAUGUUGCUUUCCAGACAAAAUGAAAUACUGGCACGUGGUGUUUGUGAUUUGGCUAUAUUAUUACUGGGUGGAGCACGUCGUUUAACGCCUAACAACAGCCACCAAUGGCCAAAAAUUGCUAUUAUUUGUGAAGCUAGGAUUAAUGCAAGAUCAAUUGAUAUUGGAGCUAUUACAGGACGACAAUUAGCAUCUCACGGUCUAAAUGUCACUCUAUACCUUGACGAUAAAAUAAUGAUGAAACAAAAUACUGAAAUAAAAUUAUUUCAAGCGACUGAAAACAAGACAACGGACACUGUGGGUGAAAUACCAAGUCCUGAUCUUGUGAUAUUAUCAACAAAUUCAUCAGUUUUGGCUCAAAGUGUCAAAACUUGGUUAAAGGAGACACGUGCUUCAAUACUUUCUAUUGAUCCGCCUCCGAACGGUGUGCCUGGUGUCUCCAUUAAAUAUUCAAUUUUACCAAUUUUACCGUUAAAUGGCAUAUCAACGAACAAUUGUGGUAAACUGUAUUUAUGUAAUUUGGGAAUACCCGAUAUAUAUUUUCGUGAAGCAGGCGUCAAGUACAAAAGUCCAUUUGGACAUAAAUCAAUUUUACCAAUACAUUUAAAGGACUGAUUAAAUAAUUGAAAAUUAACAAACAUAAAAAUUAAAAAAAAGAAAAGCAGAAUUUUAAAACCACAUAUAACAAUU